UGCACGUACACCUACUUAAAUACACCUAGACAAGUGAGGGAGCCCCACACAUUUUGGAUUAUUGCAGAGAUUCUUUCAAUUUCACUGUUUAGGUUAAUUUGUUUUGCAAGAAUAAAAAUAAAACAAUAAAACGAUUUAAGAAGCACUAACCGGGAGAUGCAGAAUGGCUUUCUGUGGACUCACAUUUUUUCUUCUGACUUUAUUUUACCUUGUUACUGUCUACAGCAGGCCGACAGGCGUCCACCUGCGUAACAUGGAAGGCUUUAUUCAAGCCGUGCAGCAGGUUGAACACUCCAACCCUGGUCUGCCCCCGCUGGCUCUGGUCAGGGCCUUGCGGAGGACUGCAGGCCAUGAUGACGUGAUGACCAUCCAUUUCUUGGGCGCUUCCAAUAAUCUCAGCGAUGCUGACCUCCUGGAGACGGCCAUUCUCAACACCUCAUCCUUCAGCUUUUUUGAUAAGGCCAUCCACCACAUUGUGACGGACCAUGGAGAAGAACGAGGGGUGGUUCUCACAAGAGAUGGAACUACGGUGGCGCUUGUACCCUUAUUACUAGGAAUUGAAUCAGGACUGAACGCCAAGAUGGAAGAGGUGGCAGCAGCUGGGAUCUUCCCUCUCACCUUCGGCAGGACACUGGGCUUAUCAUUUCUCAGCCUCCAGGACUUCCCACCAUCUCACCGUUUGGGGCCUGACGGGUGCUGGGACAACGUGGAGCACCCCAGGGUGUUCAAACUGUCUCAGCCUGCCACUCUAGCCACCGAUGCCAUGAUCAAUGGGGGCAUGGAUGGCCUUAUACUGGGCACAGACCUCAGCAAUUUAACUGCAUCUGAACAGCCACAGGCCCUCAGUGAGAUUCUGAGAGGAUACUACAAUUUUACUCUGAGUGAGGGGCAGGGCAUGGAUGCUGUGAGCAGUCAGAUUAGCCCAAGGAGGAGGGAGCUCUCUAGAUCCAUCCUAGAGUCUGUUGAUCUUCACAGCCAGGUGAUGGAGACACUAGCGUUGGUCUGGAAACUGGAGAAGACAGAAUGGAUUUCUAUGGACACUGGGGUGGGAAAGGCGGUGAAAGAUGGAUUGGAGACGUUUGUCAAGAAGUACUGGGACUGCCCUCAAAUCAUCCCUCGCUGUCAGUGGGGGGCAAAGCCCCACCGAGGUACACCUAUCCCGCUCUCUCUUCCCCUCCAGUAUCUGUACAUUCAUCAUACUUAUGAGCCAUCAUCACCCUGCUUAUCCUUCCCAAGCUGUUCUCGUGACAUGAGGUCCAUGCAGCGUUUCCACCAGGAGGACCGUGGGUGGGCUGACAUCGGAUACAGCUUUGUGGUUGGGUCUGACGGCUACGUUUAUGAGGGUAGGGGUUGGCAUCAUCUCGGCACUCACACCAGGGGACACAAUGCCAUUGGGUAUGGCGUGUCAAUCAUCGGUAACUACACUGCCACCCUGCCAUCUCGCUAUGCCAUGGACCUGCUACGUCAUCGACUUGUCCAAUGUGCUUUACACGGAGGAGGACUGGUUUCCAAUUUCAUCAUCCAUGGCCACAGACAGGUGGUGAACUACACCGCCUGCCCUGGAGACGCCUUCUUUUCAGAAAUAAGAACCUGGGAGCAUUUCAGCGAAUAAGAGGACAGGCAGCAUUCUGUCAUCAAAGGUUCAUCACUACUUUUGGAAAUGUCUUAUACUCUGGAUCAUUCUAUCUUAUUAAUGUAGAGGUCACAUUUAAAAUUUGCAUAGUUCAGUGCAGAAAGAAAUGAAUUCUGCUUAGAUCCAGCAUACAAAGUGGUACCAUGAUGUACUAUACCUAUUAAUCAGCUGGUCAGUAUGUUUAUCCACCCAAUUAUCAAUCAAAUGAAUGUUAUUUAUCAGUCCUCUGGGUGAUAUAUGGGUGGAUAAACAGUCUUAAUUAUCAGUACUCAUGGUGUGGCCAGUAAGUGUCCUACUGUUCCUACUCGCAGGCUCAGAUGGGAGGUUUCAACAGGCAAAUAACAUUCAAAACUGAUGGCUUGCAUUUGUUUUCAGGCCGAGCUUCACAUUACGAUCCAUUCCAAAUAAUGCUAAAUACAAAUGUUGCUUUGUACGCAAUGCUUCGUAUUAACUACUCAAGUACUGCUUGCCGAUACCUUAAAACUCGAGAAAAAUAUAUGCUAUUCAUUUGUAAAUGUAGUUACAAAUAAAAAUUAGUGCACUCAAAAGCAACAGUUCAAGAGAAUAAGAUUUCUCUUUCUUUCAGGAAAAACCAAUAAGGAACAAACACUCGUUACUGAGGAUGAUGAUAAAAUACACCUUUGCUACAUAUUAGUGCUAUGAGUACAUGUCUGAUCAUGUUAUUGUUAAUUGUCUGAAAGUAAAAAAAAAAUGUCUUCACAAAACAAAAUUUUCCAUUCUGUUUGAAUUUUGCAGGAAGCGGACACACUAAAGAGAGACGAACAAAGAGACGGUCGAAUAGUGUUUAAUGUGACUGCGUAUUAAAAAUGUCAGUUUUGUUCUAUUGUAACGCAGAUACUGAAGCAGUCGCGCCAGAAUGUAAUACAAAAGAGGAUGGUUCUUGAAUACAAGGAGGGAGCAAGCCAGUCAGAAACCCAAGGCACAGAGAUGGUGGGAGGUCUGAUCAGAAACAGUUCAUUUCCAGGCCAGGAAGCAGAAAAUAAUAAUAAUAAUAAUAAUAAUAAUAAUAAUA